CCCAGUCUCCUCCGGGAUUAGGUACCUCUCCAGCCUGGGCAAACCCUGACCUCCCGCCGCUCCGCCCAUUCCCGGCUGAGCCCCCUGCCCUGCCAGCGGCGAGGCAGACCCCGAGCCGUACUGUCCCCGGAGCCCGAUCCCUUCCCCUCUCUUGCCCGCCGAUCCCGGGCCCGGGGGAAGCCCGCCCCCCGCCCCGGCCGGCGCAGCGCUCCGCAGUCCCUGGCGGGAGGUUGUCAUGGUUUCCCGGGUCACAUGCGUGCGAGGCCCCCCCCGGCGCUGGGGGAGGAGGCGGGGGCGGGGAUGCUACAGUCACCGCCGGGGCUGCCGCCGCCGCCGCCGCGCCUGCCGGGCGAACCGAGAGCAGCCACCGCCGCCUCCCGGGCUCCCAGCGAGCCGCUCCCGGCACCCUCGGCGGCCAGGGCGGGCUCGGACCCCUGCGGCUCCCACCUGCUCCGGCCUGCACCCGCUGCAGUUCCCCGCGCGCUGCGGCCCCCGUUACACCGGCCCCGGCAUGAGCAUCUCCAUCCCGGCGGGGCUGACGGAGCUGCUGCAGGGCUUCACCGUGGAGGUGCUGCGGAGCCAGCCCGGGGACCUGCUGGAGUUCGCGCUCCAGUACUUCGGACGCCUCAAGGCGGAGGCGGCGGAGAGCGGCGCCGGGGGCGGCUCCCCCGCGCCGGGCCAUGAGAGGGGCAGCCUGGCGCCCCGCAGGCCCCCCACUAGGGGGGUCAGCUUCGCCGAGGAGCCCAUGCAGACCGACUCGGAGAGCGGGGACGAGGAGGGGGAAUUCGCCGGUAAGGGCGGGGUCCCUGGUAGCUCCGCGGUCGGGGGAGGCCCGGGCGCCCCCCCGAGAUUAGCUCCAGUGAUAAACCGGUUCACUAGACGGGCAUCAGUAUGUGCAGAAGCUUACAAUCCUGAUGAAGAAGAGGACGACACCGAGUCAAGGAUUAUUUACCCCAAAACAGAUGAUCAACGAAACAGAUUGCAAGAGGCUUGCAAGGACAUUCUUCUUUUUAAGAACCUAGAUCCGGACAGGGUAACAUUCCGGAGAAUCAUUGUAAAAAACAAUGCCAAAAAGAGAAGAAUGUAUGAAAAUUUUAUUCAGUCAUUGCCAUUCCUUAAAUCUUUAGAACUAUCUGAACGCUUGAAAGUGGUGGAUGUAAUAGGCACCAAAAUAUACAAAGAUGGAGAACAAAUCAUUACUCAGGGAGACAUGGCUGAUUGUUUUUUCAUUGUAGAAUCUGGAGAAGUGAGAAUUACUAUGAAAAGGAAGAAUAAACAGGAUGUAGAAGAGAAUGGGGCGGUUGAAAUAGCCCGGUACUCCAGAGGACAGUAUUUUGGAGAACUUGCUCUUGUAACUAACAAACCUCGAGCAGCUUCAGCAUUUGCUCUUGGCACUGUCAAGUGUUUAGUUAUGGAUGUACAGGCAUUUGAAAGGCUUUUGGGACCUUGUAUGGAAAUUAUGAAAAGAAACAUUGCAAACUAUGAGGAGCAGCUAGUUGCUCUGUUUGGAACAAACAUGGACAUUGCUGAUCCCAGUGCAUGAAAUAAAGUAUGGAACAACAACAUCUGUUAUGAGAAAAUAGCACAGUAGUGGUUAGUCCACUGAGAACAUGCCUAUCUUCCUGUAGAUGCCAAGCAUUUUCUGUGAUUUUAGGGUUUGGGUUUUUUUUUUUGUUCUUUGGGGUUUUUUUGUUUUUGCCUUUUUACAUAUUACAAUGGAUGUAUCAGUAAACUAAAUAGGGAUUUAAUAGACUUUGAUCCUGAUUUUCAGAAGAGCUUAGCACCAGCAGUUCCAGUUAAAGUCAAGGGUAGCUGUAGAUGCACAGCACCUUUUGAAAAUCAGUUGUUUGUAUACAGCAUUUCAUAAAGAAUAGAUUUUAAGAAAACACUAUGCUGAUGAAUUUGUUCAACCAGCUUCUGUUCUAUAAAAUAGUUAAGAUUUUCUGGAAAGACUGUUAGCUUGAAUGUGAUAUGUUUAAAGUAUUAAUGCACACAGUGUUCAUUAGUAUUGAUAAUACAGAAGGUAUGCUGUAGGUAUCCAUUUCUGCCUAUUACAAUUGUCAUGAUUUUAUGUUGCAAUUACUAUAGCUGUAUAAAAAAGAAAUAACUCAAAAUUCCUCAUAACAAUAAGGCACAACAAUACAUUUUGUGUAAAGUUCAUUACCCAAGUCUUAUUUUAACAUUUGUGAUUUGGUAUUAAAGUCCUCUUUGCUUAAUAUGUCACAUUUCAGCAAGCCCACUUGGAAAAUAUUGUAAUAUCUUAUGCAAUUUAGGGGAUUUUUAUAUUUUUGCAAUAAACUGCAUUUUUAUUUGUUACAUAUACGCGGUAUAUUCCUCUGUUGAGAAAGCUGGCAAAUUAAUCUUGAUGCAAGCAUGUUUUUUAAAAACAGGCAAAAGUAUUUUAUGUAGACAAUUGUCACAUUCUAUCUAAUCAUGCAUAACCUACAUCAUUUUCCUUCUAAUUUCUUUCUUGUUUCAAAAUGUAUGCAUUUUGUCUUUUCCAUAUUUAUUUGAUGUCUACACUAGGGUUAAUUUUUUGUCCUUAGAAAUCACUUAUUUUUCUCUGUUAAAUCUUUCCCAUUUCAAGUCAAAUGUUCUCUGUAUCUCUUUCUUCUUAGUAGAGUCUGACUUUAUAUACUACAGACCAGAUUCAACUACUAAAGUGUUGAAAGCCAUACUAAAAUUUUUGGUCCCGGAAAUCCUUACCAGCAAGUCUGAGAAAGAAUGUGAAUCUAAAAGAUCAAUAAUUUGAAAGGCUGUUUUAUACAUGUUUGGAGAGCAUGUUAUUAAAGCUGACAGGUUCUGCUUUGGUCUUCAGAGACCAAAGGCCUGUAAGACAUCAUAAAAGACUGUCAUUGCAGCAGUCGAAGGAUGGGGUAAAGUUUUGCUCUGUGACGAAGGAGAAAGUAUUAUCUUACUUAAAAUAAGAAAAAAAGAGUUCAUUUCUCACUAGUAAAAGUCUGUAACUGGAAGUAUCAGACACAAUCCAAUUCUCACAUUAUAUAUUGACAUGUUUAUUGCUCCAUGUGGAGAGGUAGUUCACAUAAUGACAAGUUGCAGUAGUUCUAUCAAGACAGAACCAGAAGCGUUUCAACAGGGUUGCUUAUUCCCUGUUUUAAACAAAUGAAAAGUUACACCUUACUUUUCUUCUUAGACAAUGACUUUUCUAAUGCAAUGUAUUUGUGUUUGUCAGUUGGUAUAAUUAUAUAUCCUGUAGUUAUAGUGAUCUGUUCUGACAAUUUAUACAAUCAUACUUGAAUAUGAAACUAUGAUUAUACAAUUCUAUUACUAACAUGUAAUUUAUAUCGUAUAAUAUGAUAUAAAUUAUAAAUGAACAUUGUUAACAAAAACAGUCUCAGCAGAAUUUACAAGUGUCAACAAUUUUUUUACACAGCCUCCUGAUAUGAAUAGUUGCACAUAUUGAUUGCCUUUGUACUUUUGAUUUAUUGAAAAAAGUGAAGUCUGUUAUACUAGAAGGAAACAUCAGGUAACCAAAAUCUGUAUGUCAUUCUAUAUGCUUAAUCUAUAAAAGUUACUUAUUUUUUGCACUAGCUUAAUGUUAUUCAGAAAAAUGCUAAUGAUUACUUUUCUGAUGAUGAAUUCCAAUCAAGGCCAUAAAUGCUAGUAACAAUAUUUUCAAUAUUGUUUGUUAUAUUUAAAGUUUCCUUACAAUAAAAAACACUUUUAUAUGUAUGUGUGUA